AUGACACACAAAAUUAGUGGUGCUUUGCCCGGGCCCUCGCCGGUCAUAUAUAACCGGUUAUCUCGAAUCCUUGCCCAGCAUCUCGACGUUUUACAUGACAGAAACCAAAUGGCCCUUUACACGGCAACUUUUUUUUACCUGUCUAUGCUGGUAUACCUUUCCCAGGUAGUUACAGCGGACUCUGAUCCACAGCAAGACGAGGGAACUCUGAUGAGGGACCUGCUCACUUUGUUAAAGAGACGUCAGGGGCCUGUUCACCCCCUGCGACGGUCGGAGUCCGGGGGCACGGAGACAGGGGCGCAGGGAGGAGAGGUACCCAGUAAGGGGAAGAUCAGUGAUUUAACCAAAGAAAGCUGGGAGCGGAUCAAAAACCCCACAAAACAACUGGACACCUGGAAUGGAGAUCAGAAUGUACCAGAGGCGGAUCUAAUGGAGAGUUUCGUGGUCAUGGACGGCGAUAAAAAACUAAAGCCGGUCGAUCUCAGACCAUGGGACAAAUCUGUGGUGAAUGCAGAGAGCAACGAUGUCCAUGUCGAGGGCAGAGAAAGCGGAAAUGACGCAACGAGUAAGAGCUUAAAGAAGAGGAAUUUCGCCAAAGAUGAACGACUUUGGGAGUAUGGGGUCGUACCUUACGAAAUCGAUCCCAAAAUAACCCAGUCUGACAUGAUAGCCACCAUCAAGGCGGGAAUCGACCAGAUGAACAAGUACACGUGCUUACGCAUCCUGCCUCGUUCUCAGACCACAAAUAUGAACCUUCCACACAAACAGUACUUACUGUUCCAGCCAGAUUCGAUCUGUAUCUCGUUUAUCGGGAGGUAUGAAUACCUGAACUCAGACGCCCAACCAAUCGGACUCAGCUAUCCCCUGUGUAACCAGGUGCAGACGAUCUUGCACGAGCUGAUGCACGCAAUCGGCAUGCACCACGAGCAGUCACGUGACGACAGAGAUCGCUACAUCAAGAUAUUUUACGACAAUAUCGUGGGUGGCACCGGAAACAAAAACAUGAACAUUUACCCCACUUUCGACAGGUACCCGUACGACGCCGAGUCUGUGCUUCAAUAUGGACUGUAUGACCUCGCUAUGAACGGUAAUCAGAAAACAAUGGAGCUGAGAGACAAGUUGCUGGAGUUUCUUCCCGCCAUGACACGAAACCUGUCCUUCUACGACGUCGCAGAAAUCACUAAGGCAUACCAGUGUACAGACCACUGUCCGUCCGUUCCGAUGUGUGAGAACGGCGGCUUCGUCCACAAGGGCUGCGAGUGUCUCUGUCCCAAAGGUCUAAAGGGACAAAGGUGUGAGGAGGCCGACACAGACUCAGGUUGUGGCGGGAUAAUUACACUAGCAGCAGGAGAGAGCCGUGAAAUCACGACACCUAACUACCCCAACAACUACAACAGAGGCGCUCAGUGUACCUGGUUAAUUAAGGGACCAGAGGAUAAGCAAAUAAAGAUGACGAUUCUGGAAUUCCACGUGGCCUUCAACCAGCAGCGGCGCUUCUGCUACCAUUGGGUGGAGAUCAGAUACAACCUGAUUGGACAGACCGGCAUCAGAGAAUGCGGAUACCAUCGGCCGGGGAGUGGCGUGUAUGUCAUGACGUCAUCAGACGCCAAAGGCAAACUGCUUCUACUGUUUAAUAGCGCCUUCAAUGCUAAUGUAGCGCCGACCAAAGGUUUCAAACUGAAAGUAGAAGUCGUUUGAUAUUUUUUAUACGCGUACGGCUGAUUUAUGCUGAAAAAAAAAAUAGAAUUUCUUGUUAGCGACAAAUAUCUUUCAGUUGGCCAAAGGGCACAACGAGAAAACAUGUGCCUUUAUCCAGUUGCCAUUUUUUUCAUCUUUUGUAGGCCUAUCGAAUUUUCAUAAUUAAUCAAAAUAAAAUUGUUCUUUUCUGCAAUUUGGUAUUGAAUAGUCAUUUGAUAUUCCUAUAAUAAUCACUUUUUACACUUUUUUUUUGGCGAAAUAUAUAAAUAACAUGUUAUUAUUAGGUUGUUUGGUAUCAACAGAAAGAAAGUUAUGUUGGUAAACAGAUUUGCGUCACAAAAAGUUUCUAUCUUUGAUAUGUUAUAAAUAUGAUGACAUUAAUUAAAGUGAAAAAAGAAACCUCGGCCGACAAAUGCUGAAUGACCGACACAGUUAGACGAAUGUUAGACAAUAUAAGUACAUUGAUAACAUAUGGCAUGUUUGGACACGGCAGAUCGUUUGUACUUGGGAAAUUUUUUUUAGACUAGAAAAGCAUGGUAAUGUGCAAAGUGUAUACAUAUUAAUAAAAGUUGUUUA